GAUUUGUUUUUGUUCCUAUACGUGAAGUAUUGAAUAUUUGCAACUUAUUAAUUAAAAUACUACCAUGUCUGAUGACGAAUUUCAAGAUGCACACGAGGGAGACGUUGGAGUGAAGGAAAUAAGUUCUAUUCCUGUUAGUAACUCGGGAAGUACGGAUUCCGUUACAUCCUCGAAGAAGAAAAACAAAAAGAAGAAUAAGACUAAGAAGAAGAAUAGUAAUACCAAGAACGAUACGAACUCUACUAAUAAUGAUAAUAAUGACGUGGAUCCCGACAUUUCAAGACAGGAGACUAAAGAUCAAGAUGAUAGAAAGACAGACUUUCAAACUGAAGGAGAAGAUGAAGAUCUUAAUGAAGAGCCAAGAGAUAAACUUGACGUGUCGUCAGUAAGUGAGAUUGGAUCUUCAGUAUAUGACGAGGAAAACAGAUUUGAGUCUAAGGAUGAAUUGCCAACCAGCACGAGAGAGGAAGAGGUGAAUGGAUCAUUGGAGGUACCAGCUGAAUUAACAAUUGAAGUUCCAGAUGAUCCAGAUGAUCAUGAUGAUGUAUCCUCUAUUGCUCCUCUGCUAAUGACACCUCAAGAGUUAAUGAAGCCAGAAAUUGGUGGUACUCAUGCUGAACGUGGGGAUACAAUUGAAGGUGGUGGUGAAGAACAAGAGGAACCUUCAACGAACCCUACAUCAAAUGAUAAUAGUUUCACAUCCCCACAACUUCCAGAUCGUAAGCCCAUGUUAGAUACAAUCAAAUUGGACCUUGCCCCUUCCGCAGAACCAAUUGACAGUUUGAGUGUAUCAAAAAACUCCGGGAAGGGAGGCCACCGUGUCGAAAGUGCCAAUUUCUUACUUGAAUCCAAAUUCAGUGAGUUGGAUAGAGAAUUCCAACAGAAAGAUUCCAAGGCCAAAGAACUGAUCAAUACCGGUACUCAGAGUAUUCAAAAGACAUUCAAUGACAUCCAAAAUACUGUUGGAGGCUUUGGAGAUAUGUUUGGAUACAAGAUCGAUUGGGAAUUCUGGACCAGAGUGGUAAAUGAUUAUCAAUCUGUUGUUAUGAAUGAACCGAAUGAAUUGAAUGAUGCUAUUACCAGGGGUAUUCCUAAAGAGUUUAGAGGCAUUAUUUGGCAAUUAAUUGCCAAGGCUAAGAAUUUCCAAUUGGAAGAAUUUUAUUUACAUUUGAAAAGUGAACAUUCAAUUCAUGAAAAGGCAAUUAAGAGAGAUUUAACUCGUACUUCAUUUUUCACCAAUGUUGAACAAGUUGGUAAAGCUGAAGAAUUAUUUAAUGUGAUCAAGGCUUAUUCUUUAUUUGAUCCAGAUGUGGGAUACACUCAAGGAAUGAUGUUUGUUACCAUUCCAUUAGUAAUGAAUAUGACUGAUUCUGAAUGUUUUUGCUUUUUGGUUAAUAUCAUGAAGGAGUACAAUUUAAGAAGUUUAUUUUGUCCUGAGAUGAAAGGAUUACAUUUACUUUUGUAUCAAUUUGAUCGAUUGUUGGAGAUGUAUUGUCCCAAAUUAUACAACCAUUUGGUUAAACAAGGGAUUAAAUCAUCAAUGUAUGCUUCACAAUGGUUUUUAACCUUUUUCGCAUAUAAAUUUCCAUUGGAUAUGGUUUUAAGAAUCUAUGAUAUUAUAAUUACUCAAGGUAUGGAAUCAAUUUUGAAAUUUGCUCUUAAUUUAAUGAUUAAAAAUGAAUCUAAUUUAUUAGCAUUAAGAUUUGAUAAAUUAUUGGAAUUUUUAAAGGAUAAAUUAUUCAAUUAUUAUGUCAAUGAAGAAUAUGUGAAUGCGCCAGCAGAAAAGACUAAUCUUCGAUCCACUAGAACUGCCAGUGUUUCUAGAAGAUUUUCCUUACUUGGGAAACGUAAUACCAUUGGACAGAUUGCUAGUGGAGGAAAUAAUGGUAAUGGAGCUAAUGGCUAUUAUAAAUUAGAUCAAUUAGUAUCUGAUGCAAUGGAGAUCAACUUUUUACCACUGGAUUUGAAGAAAUUUGAAAAUGAAUUUAAUACAAUUUUCUUGAAUGAAAAGGCUAAAGAAAAGGAAAUUGAAGAAAUUAAAGUGGAAAAUGGUAAACUUAGACAUGAAAUUAAAUCUUUGGAACAAGAAUAUACCAAUUUACAACGGGAUCAUGUUGAUAUUGUUCAAGAAAUGGUUGAUAUCAAGGUAUUAUUACCAGAAGUUGUUAAUGAUAAUUCAGAAUUACGUGAGAUAAUAGAUAACUUACGUUGGGAUGUGAAAGAAUUAGAAUCUAAAAUUGAUGAACAAAAGGAAGCAGAAAAACAAGCAGCUAUGGCUUCGACUGGAGGUAUGAAAUCUCCAGGAAUCCCUUCUAAUAUUGAAGAAGAUAUCAAUGAAUUACUUGUUAUCAAUGCCAAUGAAACCGAGAAAUUUGCUAAUCUUGAAGAAGAAUUACAAACUUUAAUUUAUGAAGAAAAUGAAUUGGAUAAGGAAUUGGAAAAGAAUGGUGGUAACAAAAAAUGGUUUGGAAGAUGGUGAGGAAUGAUGUAAGUAAGAAGAUGAAGUUAACGAAUUAAAUAGGACAUAAUAUCUACAAUCAAUUAG